GGCAAUUUGUAAUUCCAAGGAGAUAAUGAAGCAUCUUUUGGACCUCGGUGGAGAUCUCAGUAAAAUGUCAAUAGAAAUUGAUCCAAACAGCUUGAGGCAUACUGAAAAGGAAUCUGUCUUUCAAUUAAUUAUGACACAUUUAUGUGAACCAAUUAAAUUUCUCACUGAUCUUCUGAAUCAGAGAAUCAAUGUUCGCGAAAAAGAGAAUAACUAUGAAUUCAUUCUAGAUUUCACCAUUCUUACACCAGGAAUUUUCUCAGAGAAUUCCAUUCGAGAGAUGAAUGUGUUGGGAGCAAUUGUUAAUGCUACAAAUGAUAUUCACAGUGAAGAAUAUGAGUUACUGAAACACCCACUAAUUGUAUCCUUUCUCACAUGCAAAUGGAAGCAUUUCCGCAUAUUUUUCUUUUUCCUAGUGUUCCUUCACCUGUCUUUCGUGCUGACUAUCUCAACUGGUGCGAUCUUAGCCACAAAAUCCUACCAGAAAUUUUACAAUGACACCCAUCAUUGGAAUUUUACUCAAUUACCACAAAUGACGGAUGACUCUUCAAGAUAUUCAAGCAAUACGAUAUUUGCAGUGAAAACUCUCAAUAUCAUUUCAAUCUCUCUGGCCAUUCUUCUACUCCUACAUGCGAUUAUACAGGCGACUUUUAUCCCACUCGUGAAGUUAAUAUGGGAAUUCGAGGUGAUGCUAAAUCUCAUCACAGCCCCUCUCGCUAUCCUGACCUCUAGCUGUGUCAUCUACCAUUCUUCUGGGGAAGGAUUCUUCGAGAACCAUCACCGCUGGAUCUUUCACAUGAUGAGUGCUGUUGUCCUUCCAGCUUGGAUCAAUCUCAUGCUCAUUGUGGGACGUUUCCCUCGACUUGGAUGCUAUAGUCUCAUGUUCACAACUGUUCUCAGGAACUUCCUUAAGGUUAUGAUCUCCUUCAUCUUCCUCAUAAUUGGCUUUGCCCUCAGCUUCCAGCUGAUAUUUCUACAUUCAGAAUUCUUCAGUGAUCCCGCACAAGCCACAAUGAGAACAAUUGUAAUGAUGCUGGGUGAAUUUGAUUAUACUUCCACUUUUUCCCAAGAGCACAAUGUGAGUUUAAUGACUUUUUCGACGUUCAUUUUUCAAGUCAUCUCUUUUUAUUUCAUCAUCGGCACAUCACGACUUAUAUUUCUGAUUUUCAUCAUUUCAUGUUCCAUCAUACUGAUGAACCUAACUCAAGGAAUUGCCGUGAACGAUAUUAAGUUGUUGCAUGAGAUAAGUCAGGAAAUUCGACUGGAGAAAGAAACUCGAUUUCUCUAUGAGCUGGAAAAUGUAUUCAGUCAUAGAUUUGUCAUUGGGCAGCCUGUAUUGCGGAAAUUGAAGAAACGCUUCUUUGACAAUGGUACACAAAUCACGUACCUAAUUGUCAAUAGGAAGAUGAAUUCACAAGGCCUCUCCGUGAGUCUCUAUGAUAAAUUGCUAAAGAGUCAGAGGACCAUCAAAUAGAACGACCAGCAACAAAAAAAAAUUAAACAUUCUCUCUCAAGAUGAUGAACAAAUAGUUAAGCACUGAUGGCAAUAAAUUAU